GUCUACAGAUGUAGCAGGUGUUACUGCACCUUUUCUUUCGCAAUGCAAGCUGCUAUUUGGCGCAGUGGUGUGAUACUGAAAAUCCCUGGUGAAAAUGUUUAUGAUGUGAAAGCUUUUUCAAGUGAAGUAAGCAUGAAGAUGGUCAGUAGCCAGCCUAAGUAGACCUGAUAAAGGAAGUAGGCCGUGGCAGCUAUGGAGUGGUGUACGAGGCCUUAGUUCGCAGGACAUGCCAGCGAGUAGCAGUUAAAAAAAUCCGCUGCCAGGCACCAGAGAAUGUUGAAUUGGCACUGAGAGAGUUCUGGGCAUUAAGCAGCAUCCAGGGCCAACAUCCUAAUGUAAUUCACUUGGAAGAGUGUGUCCUGCAGAGAGAUGGGACUGUUCAACGCAUGUUACAUGGAUCGAGUUCAGCACUUUAUCUUCCGUUGGUGGAAACCUCUCUAAAAGGCAAAAUUGCCUUUGACCCACGCAGUACCUAUUGUCUAUGGUUUGUGAUGGAUUUUUGUGAUGGAGGAGAUAUGAACGAGUACAUCCUAACUAGAAGACCAAGUCGUCGAACCAACACCAGUUUCAUGUUGCAACUAAGUAGUGCACUUGCAUUUCUACACAAAAACCAGAUAAUACACCGUGACCUAAAGCCUGAUAAUAUUCUGGUGUGUAAAGCACGUGAUGGUAUGGAUGAACCUACCCUGAAGGUGGCAGACUUUGGGCUGAGUAAAGUAUGUUCUACUUCAGGCUUGAACCCCGAAGAACCAGCCAGUGUCAACAAGAGCUUUUUAUCUACUGCUUGUGGAACUGAUUUUUACAUGGCACCUGAGGUGUGGGAGGGCCAUUAUACGGCAAAAGCGGAUAUUUUUGCUCUAGGAGUAAUACUGUGGGCCAUGCUUGAGCGCUUGACCAUCUUGGACAGUCACACCAAAAAAAGAUUGCUUGGUGGUUAUGUUCAACGGGGGACACAAAUUGUUCCAGUGGGAGAAGCACUGCUUGAGAACCCCAAAAUGGAGCUUCCUAUUCCCAUCAAGAAAAAAACGAUGAAUCGGCGCAUGAAACAAUUGCUGCAACAGAUGUUGUCUGCUAACCCUCAGGAGCGUCCAGAUGCCUUUCAGCUUGAACUACGUCUCAUUCAGAUUGCCUUCAGAGACUACACAUGGGAAACGUGA